AGAACACAUGCUCUCUGUCUGCACAUGGGGUGGCAGAUACCUUUGGCGUUCAGACACUUAACUUUCAGGGCAAACAGGGUGGGCAGCAUGGUGGAUUCUGAUUAAAGGAUUCGUUAAUUGUUUGGCUCUACUGUCACCGCCUGUUGAGGUCUGAUGCAUGGUGGGUCAGAUUAAUACAGCUCAGGAGCAGCCAGAACAAAUCACCUAUGGGAGCCUGGGGAUUUUCACACCACAAUGACCAGGAGAUUGAGGGACACUUACAGAAAUUGAUUUUUUGGUUGGGAGGCAGCAUUACCUGUGGUGUAGUCUGGGGUAGACUGUAGGGAUCCAAGCUGCCGGAUGUCACAGUAGCUAGAGCUGUUCACUUAACAAGGUAAGUCUUGCAUGGAAAUCUGGUGACUUUCCCACCAUGACAGAGCAAGUGGACAAGGUCAUGACGAAAGCUGGAGAAAUCUGGGCAGACUUGAUGACCAACACAAUGUACCAUACAGGGAAUGGUCAGAGAAAUGAUGAGGGCUGACUGCCUUAACCCAGGUAACAAGCAACUAACAACACACAGUUGGUGCCCUGAACAAGCCCAAGUAUGAAGAUAAAUCCCAGAUCCAAAUCUACAACGAUGGCAUCUCUACUGCAGAUUCUGACUCUAGUUGUUGUUAGUGUUCUGGUGAUCAAGUGUGAGGAAUUCCUUCCUUGUCCAAAGAAAUGUGUGUGUGAGGCCUCAGACAACUCAGUGACGUGUAUUCUCAAGACCCUGAGGAACAUCCCCACACACCUUCCAUUUUCAGUGCAAACCCUCAACUUGGAGCGAAACCGCAUCAGUAAGGUUGUACGCAAUACCUUCGUGCGUUAUCCCAACUUAAGCCAUCUCAACUUAAACCACAACAAGAUCAAAACAGUGGAGGAGGGAGCAUUCAAUGGACUGUCACAACUGAAGAGUCUGUACUUAUGUGGAAACAGGUUGAGUCUGAUACCAAGGGGUACUUUUGCAGGCGUGUCUAAUGUGACUCGACUGGAUAUGAACAGGAAUGAAUUAGUCCUGCUAACAGACAUGGGGUUUGCAGAGUUGGCCAAACUAGAAUAUCUGGAUCUAUUGGAGAACGGCAUCCUCUUUGUGACUGAGCUGGCAUUCAAAGGGCUGGACUCUCUCAAGCAUCUCAUAGUGUCUAAGUGGAAGAUGUCUGAGCUCCCCACAAACCGAUUUAUCCACUUACGCAGUCUGCAGACACUAGAGAUUUCUUACAUGAAAAGUGCGGUGCUGAAGCAAAAUGUUGUUAGCAACCUAACACGACUGCAGAUCCUCCACAUUGGGCAUUGGAAAAAACUGACCAACAUCACUCCCAAGGCGUUCCGAGGGCUGGACAGCCUCGUGUCACUUAUCAUUCAUCACACAAACAUCUCAGUUAUCCCAUCUCCGGCCAUACAACAGCUACGCAGCCUCAAGGAACUCUCACUGAACAACAACCCUAUAGAGGAGGUGACUUCUGCCUCAUUACGGGGGAUGACGUCAUUAAAGGAACUGUUCCUAGAUCACUGCAACUUGACAUACAUUGGAACGGGAGCUUUCAAACAGCUGAAAUCAUUGCAGAAGUUAGACCUGAGUUACAACUUGCUUAAGAGUCUUCCCAGAGACACAUUUCCUGACAAAGUGACAUUCCAGCAGGUCACCCUGACAGAGAACCCUUGGAACUGCGACUGUCAGAUGAGAUGGUUGAUCUCAGCAAACACAAAUGGCUGGAGGAGUGUGUACUGUUCCACUCCGGCAGCCAUCCAAGGCAUAGAUGUUCUACGGCACAGCAAGUUGCAUCGUGCCAAACUACUACAAAACAUGAAAUGUAACUUGCCAACAGCAGCCAUCUCCCAGGGACCAACAGUGAAGGUUGAGCAAGGUAGCGAGCUGAGCUUACAGUGCCUCGCUCAGGGAGAGCCCAAACCUAGCAUAUCAUGGAUUUCCCCAGCGGGGAGGACAGUAGAUACUGGGGUGACCCUGAAGGGAGGAGUGCUACAAAUAUCUUCUGUCAAUACAUCAGACAAAGGAAGAUACACCUGUGUAGUGACCAAUGCAGGAGGAACAGUUGUGGUCAAUACCAGUGUCAUAGUUACUGGUAAGUAGAAGGGUCAAUG